AAUUCAUUAGGAAGGUAACAAUCACGGUUCCUUAAUGUGCCUCGAAUAUUAUAUAUAACAACAAGAUCUUAUGUCACGUCUCAAAUUUAUUUAACAACCGUUUCCGUUUUAAUAUUUUGGGGUGUAAUUGUAAUGUCAUUGAUCAAUGAACUACUCAACGUGAAAAUGAAACAAUCAAUAUUGAUCCUUCUGUUAUAUAUAAUAAGGAUUAAAAGUGCGGGACCUGAUUGGGCACCCGUAGGCACCCCCUUGAUAACACACUUUCCUUGCGAGCAGACUCAAGAUAUAAUGACGUGGUUUGAUCAAAGUCUACCGCCGCGGGAGAAAAAUAGAUAUUAUGUGUUUAUACAUAAAGUUUUACCAGAAAACAGCAGUUUGAGAAUCAUUUUCGAUUCAGACGUUACAAUUACGUUUAACAUUAGAACGGAAGAAAAGAAAUUUGUAAGAACUCAUUUUGACAAAGCAUAUCAAUUUUUAUUUCGAUUCUUUCAAGAGAUGCAUGGUCUCGGAUUUAUAGUAAAAGGAGUCAUACCGGGAAUUAUUCCAUAUUUCUCAAGCAUAUCCUUAAAUAACAAUGAACUGUGCGCCCGUCCAUUUGUGAACUACCUCGAACAUUAUAUAGCAAACACGUUGAACAGUGGACCGCAAGAGAAUUGUGGUGUACCUAAAAACAGACUAGGAAAAGUGGCUACACGCAGAGAUGUCACGAAGCCAGGUGAUUGGCCUUGGCACGCAGCCAUAUAUAGAUAUGACGAAACCGUAUCAAAAUAUAUCUGCGGUGGAACAUUGAUUUCGAAAAACUUCAUCUUAACUGCUGCGCACUGUGCAUCAUUAAGGGGUAUUCCACUAGCACCUGAAGUUUUGACCGUGUACCUGGGAAAAUUUAAUUUGAAUCGUCGAGGUGUUAGUCAUCGAAUACAAAAAAAAGAGGUUAAAAGAAUAAUCAUUCACGAAGCGUUCGAAUAUGAUCACUUGUAUAACGACAUAGCACUACUUAAAUUGAACUCUGAAGCUAAAUUCACAAAAUUCGUCCAACCUGCUUGCCUUUGGUACAGUAAUGCUUUAGAAAAAAUGCCAAACGACACAAUUAUUGGAACAGUUCUAGGCUGGGGAUUAAAUGGCAAUCGGCUGAAGGAAUUUAAAAUGCCAAUGGUUUCAGAAACGACAUGUGUUUAUAGCGAUUCGUUUGCCGCUGAUCUUAUUAUUGAUGAUUCAAAGUUUUGCGCAGGAUUUCUUAAUGGAACUUCAGUCUGCAAGAGUGAUAGUGGAAGUGCCUACCAAGUAUUCGUGCCUGAUAAGGUUCAGGAUUCGGAAACAAACGAAAACGGCGCAUGGUACGUCAGAGGCAUCGUUUCACUAACUGCCUCCAAAUUUAAUACACCUACUUGUGAUCCAGAGAAGUACGUUCUGUUCACAAAUAUCAACUCUUAUAGAAUUUGGAUAGAUGCUUACAUUGAUAAUGAAGAUUAUUAAGUGUCUGAUUUAAUUUGAUUUUUAUAAAUAUCAAUAGAUGACGUUGAUUUAUUUUUUGGCGUUUCUAAAUCACGUUCGCUUGAUUUUUUGUAUUUAGUAUAGAUAUAUGCUUAUGGAAGGAAUUAAUAUCAAUCUAAUUUAUAAAAGUAUGCGCAGUGAAGGUGAGUGGACCAUUACACCUAUAAAUUCUUAUGGUACCAAAAAUAUCGUGUUUGGUAUUGAUACCAUAAAAAGUAGCGUAUGGCGAGAGGAUAAUAAGUUAAUGAAUACUGUAUU